GCACGAGCCCUCAUGGUGAUAUCUAUCAUCGUGGGCGUCAUGGGCAUCCUGCUGUCCAUGGCCGGCGGCAAGUGCACCAACUGCGUGGAAGAUGAGUCGACCAAAGCCAAGAUCGGCAUCGCCGCAGGUGUGGUCUUCAUUGUUUCUGGGCUCCUCUGCCUGAUUCCUGCCUGUUGGACCGCCAACAGAAUCGUCCAAGAUUUUUACAACCCCUUGGUGAACGAGGCACAGAAGAGGGAGAUUGGUGCGUCCCUGUACAUCGGCUGGGGAGCUUCUGCCCUGCUGAUCAUUGGGGGAGCUCUGCUUUGCUGCCACUGUCCACCAAAAGAUCCAUCCUACUCUGCAAAAUAUUCUGCUGCAAGAAACCCUGCCUCAACAACUAAGGACUAUGUUUAAAGGAGAAUCAGGAUAUGAAAAGAGUUAAAGGACUUCGUUUUGGACUUUUGCUAUGUUCCCGCUGUUUGAAACUGGCACAGUAGACCUGUUCACAUACUGAAGAAAGGUUUACAUACUGUAAGUGUUAACGGUCGUGUGUUCACUUUGCAACUCUGUCUGGACAAACAGACGAAUAUAGAUUUUCUGUGGAUGGAACAAAAGUGCUACUGAAAGAUUGCUAGAGAAUUUUGUUUUUAAACUUUUUGUUAAAUUUUGUUGUACAUGUAUGCAACGGUUUAUAAUGUUGGAGUGAAUAUGUUUGUAAAGGGAGACAAAACCUUCAUGUUUUGCUAAAAGUGUCCUAUUGGAUUCUGUGGAGAAAAAAAAAAUUGUGAACUAUUGUGAACAUCUAUUGAUUGGAAGCUUUUAUAAUUUGUUAAGCAUUUUCAAGUCUGUAUAUGUCAUUGUCUUGGCUUGCUUGAAAAGCCUUGACUAAUGUGGAAAUAUGUUUUAUGUACACAUACUGCUAAUAAUUACACUAUAAUUUGUUAUUUGAAUAUCUAACAUGUGACAUGAUACAAUACACAUUGUAAAUAAAUUGUUUUGUACUUUA